UCAACCCAAAUUCCUCCAUUCCCCUCUUUCUCUCUGCCCUCCAUGCAACAAAACCUCCAUUUUCUCUCUCCUCACCUCAACAAACAACUCACCCACUUGCUCAUCAUCCCCGCCCUAAUCCUCACCGCCGUCGUCGCCUGCAGCCGCCUCACACAGCCGCAGCCGCUCUCUCUCUUCACCAUCGAAUUCCUGACCCGGAUCCUGCCCCGAAACCCGCCUUCGAAAACAUGCGAUUACAGCUACGGGAAGUGGGUUUGGGACGAAACCCAGCCGGGUCGGACCUACACCGAGAGCUGCCCGUUUCUGGAUCCGGGUUUCCGCUGCGUGCGCAACGGCCGGCAAGAUUCCGAUUACCAGAAAUGGCGAUGGCAGCCUCAUCAAUGCGAUAUUCCGAGGUUUGAUGCCAAGGACUUUCUAGAGCGGAGCCGAGGCCGGCGAAUCGUCUUCGCCGGCGACUCCAUCGGCCGAAACCAAUGGGAAUCUCUAGUAUGCAUGCUUGCACAAGGUGUUUCCAACGAGUCCACAAUAUAUGAAGAAAACGGCAACCCAAUAACCAAGCACAAGGGCUUCCUCUCCAUAAAAUUCCAAGACUACAAUCUCACACUCCAAUAUUUUAGAGUACCUUACCUCGUGUCGAUCGUUCGCCCGCCUAAAGACGCCCCGGAACAAGUCCGGGGCGCCAUCAAAAUAGACAAGCUCCACUGGUUCUCGACCAAGUGGGUUGGCGCCGACGUCCUCAUGUUCAGUGCGGGACAUUGGUGGAACAAAGACAAAACAUUACACUCUGGGCACUAUUUUCAAGAAAAGGAACAUGUGAACAUGACCAUGGAUGUGAUGGAAGCUUUUCGAAGAUCCCUCAACACUUUAAAGAUGUGGGUGACACAGAGAUUGGAGCCUUGGAAAUCUCACGUCUUCUUUAGAAGUUACUCACCCGUACAUUUCAGGGAUGGAGAAUGGAACAAAGGUGGCUACUGCAACACGAGCAAAGAGCCGGAGACGGACUAUUUGAAGCUCGAGGCAGAGCCGAUGAACAACCGAAUAAUCCACGAGGUAUUCGGACAUGAUGCAGGGGAAAACAGGGUUGAGAUAUUGAACAUAACAUAUAUGACAGAGAUGAGAAAAGAUGGGCACCCAUCGAGCAACCGUGAGCCGGGAACUCCGGUCCGGGCACCGCAGGACUGCAGCCACUGGUGCCUGCCCGGAGUUCCGGACACGUGGAACCUACUUCUGUAUGCUCGGCUUCUAGCAAUGGGAUUCGGAACAUGAGGCUGAAAAAAAUGUGCAUUUUAGUGUUGCUGUAUGUAAAGAGCAUAAAGCAUCAAAUGAGCUGAGUUAACAAGAAGUUAAGUUAAUUUAAUUUAAUUUUAGGAAGGGAUAAAGCAUCACAGGAUUUGGUAUUGUAUUAUUGUUUCAAGGAAGGGGUAUGUGUUUCUAAUUAAUUUUAGGAAUUUAAUUCAAAAUUGUGUUCUCUC